ACUGAACAAAUUCUCGCACUAUGAAUUGAGUGCGUACCUACCAUGGCCUACCGGAUGUUGUAGCAGACAACUCAAGAAAACUCAAGUAACAGAUGUAAAUGUCAAAAACACACACAGAAGACAUACCUAACAGAAAGCAAUGGGAUACGUCAGUGUAGACAUUCAAUCUCCUUUUGUGGUAAUCAUUGAUGUGAAUGCAGUUAAUCAUCAAAAAUGACAUUUCUGGUUCUGCAAGCAUUGUCUACAUGCCACUUUUAUAGCAGAGCAGGUUCUUUAGUGGCACGAUGGGGUCAAAGAAAAAUAUUUGCUUUAAAGCUUCAAGGGCGUGUAAAAACCCCUUUGACCAAUCAUACUUCAUCAUUGUCCAGAUCAAAUCAGAGACUAUUUCAUCACAGAAUAUGUGCAAUAAAACCAAGAAUGAGCUUGCAUACUCCAAGAUCUUUUUUUGUGCUGUUGACCACUGGUGGCAGUGCAUUAUAUUUCAGCCGAAAGUAUGCAUCCAAGUGGAAAUAUAAUGCAUUGUGUGAGGAAAUGAAGAGUGUCAACCAGCCAUUCGAAAGAUCCAAGAAACAACAGUUUGUACUGUGGACAUGUAUAUAUAAUGUAUACUUGGUCAUCAGAAUAAUCAUUCGUGCUUGUAGAUUAUUCUUCACAUUUACACCUUUACUGCUUAUUUAUCCAUUCACAUUGAUAAGCACGAAACUUAAAAGUCUGUGGUGGCAAAUGUUACUUAUAGCUGUUGAGUUUUCUGGACCUGCCUUUGUAAAACUUGGACAAUGGGCCAGUACACGAAGAGAUUUAUUUUCCAAAGAGUUCUGUGAUCGCUUUUCAAAGCUACAUCGCCAUGCCAAAACACAUUCCUGGAAACACACUGCUACUUCCUUGGAAAGAGCAUAUGGACCACAUUGGAGAAAUAUGAUACUCUUUGACAACAAGGCUCAGCCAAUAGGAUCAGGAUGUGUUGCACAGGUAUACAAAGCCUUCAUACGAGGAGACAAACUGCGUGCUCUUGACCUGGAGAAAAUACAAGAAGAUAUUCAUGAACAAGAUGUGGUUGAUGACAUUCUGUCUGAACAAAGGACUUUUGCAGUUGGUGUUGAGAUUGAACAUCUUACUCAAGCCUUUAGGAAACAGAUAAAAAGAAAUGCAUCAGAUGAACAUUCAGAGUUGUACAUAGAACCAGGAGUGUUGGCUGAUGAUUUCAGUGAUGAUUGUCUACUUCCUGUUGCAAUAAAGGUAUUACAUCCUGAUGUACAUGUUGUAUAUGGCCGUGACCUUGCACUGAUGAAGGUCAUGGCAAGCUGCAUGGAGUUUGUGUUUCCUAGUUUGCGCUGGAUCAGCCUGACUGAGUGUGUUGCAGAGUUUGCACAGUCCAUGAAAAAACAGAUGAACAUGCGUCACGAGGCCCGCUGUCUGGACAGACUUGCCCAGGAUUUUCUCCACCAGGAACAUAUCCGUGUCCCCUGUCCUCUCUGGCCCCUGGUCACAAAAAACAUCCUGGUAGAAACAUUUGAGGAAACCAUUGAUCUCAGACUAUCCUCUGUGAGCAGGACACCAAGUGAGCAGGACACCAAGAUAGGAGGACUGAGGAAACGGCUAGCGCAGCUUGGUGUGGAUGCUCUUCUACAGAUGGUGUUCGUUAACAACUUUGUCCAUGGAGACUUACACCCAGGCAAUAUACUGGUGCAGAAUGCUAAAGAUUUCAAACAGCAGGAAGACAAUCAGCUUGUGGUUGUGAACGUGGGUGACACUGUUGUCACGGGACUGGUGCAGACUGAUUGCCCAGUGAAGCUGGUGUUCCUUGACUGUGGGAUCACCACUUCCCUCAGCAAAGACGACAGACUGAAGUUCCGGGAGGUCUUCACAGCAGUCGUGAAAGGGGAGGGAGAGGUGGUUGCUGAUUUGUUCCUCAACAAGACAGCCCAUGUGGAGUGCUCUGACCCAGAGGCCUUCAGACAGGACAUGGCGGCGGUGGUGAUGCAGGCUCGACAGGCGACUCUCUCCUUGUCCCAGAUACAUGUUGCGGAGUUGUUGUCCGAAGUGUUCCGGAUUCUGAGGAUUCAUCGUAUGAAGCUGGAGAGCAACUUUGCCAAUGUGAUUCUUGCGAUAGCCGUGUUGGAGGGACUUGGGAGGUCACUCGAUCCUCACCUGGACAUCCUGGAGAAGGCCAGGCCCAUUCUGAUACACCACUCACUGUUUUGAGAUGUCACACACUGCUUUCAGUGUAAGAGCACCUGGCAUUCCGUGAACUUAGAAGAUGUUUCUGUGUGCCCAGCAUAUCUGAGUCCCUUUGCCCUAACAUUGCUCUUGUUCAGUCUCUUUAUUAUACAAGCUAUUAUCAUAAUAUCAUAAAAUGAUUGGAUUUGAACUGAAUUAAUUUUAAUUUGACAGAAUGAUAUUAUUAUGAUGAUUAUAUAUAUAAUCAUGGCUCUUGGUGAGUGUCACUGUGUGUCUUCUUCUUACAAGCUGACACACCAUAAAAUAGUUGACAUCCUGCUGAAAAGUUUUAAUU